AUGACUUCCACCUCGCCCCCAGAACACCGCAACCUGGUGCCCAUCAACAACUUCGUCUCGUCCACGGGCAAGGACGGCUCCCUCAUGGUCACCGACAUCUACAUCUUCCCGGACAGGCUGGCCGAGUACGUCGCACUGGUGACCCCUGUGGUGCACAAGAUGCGCGCCAUGCCCGAGUGCCUCUUCUGCGAGAUCUCCCAGGACCCCACAGACCCGGCGCACAUCCGCAUCCAGCACAGCUGGACCAAGGGGACGGAUUGGUUCACGGAGUCUCAUGGUUGA